AUGUGUGCAGAAUCCGCAGCCAGUAGUGGAGGGUGUCGUGCAGCACUGACUGUGCAGUCUGUACUGCCAUCUGACAAUGGGCGAGGCACGAGGUACGAGAUUCCUCCUCAGGAGCUGCCAGUUGGCCGUUGCUUUUGGAUGGGCGUUUCGAGCUGGUGGAGAUGGUGUAACUGUGUUGGUCAUCCAAAGACAACGGUAGUUCUGGUGGUUGGAGUUCCUCGAUCUGAUGGCCGGACCGUGAAACGCGCCAUCCGAUUGAUUCGAUCCAAUUGCAGCGGCGCCGAACAGCGAAGCGCAACCUGGACUACUGGUGGAGGAGCUACCGGGUUCGCGAAUUCGAGAAGUUUUUGUUUGGAGGCCGACCCUAGACGCGCGCUGGAGGGCGAUGGAAGUCCAGCGGCUUCCCGUCCAGUGCUUCUCUUCGGAUUCCGAGAACGCUUCGGGGUCCAACAGGCUCAUAGGCUCAUAGCGCCUAUGCCCAACAAAGGUUACAAACCAAGACACAGUAGCCGCGAAUCGCCCGUCGCUGAGUCCGAGACUCCCAGGCCAACAAAAAGAUGUGCCCGGAGGCAACUGUUUGCACCCGGACUGAGACCUUCGCCCUUUCCCGGCCUGUUCGCUGCCGAUCUGUGCAAAGUCUCCUAUGGCCGCCAAACUGGGGGAGGCUUGAGUGGGGAAAACCGCACUUGCAGUCUUGCUCAGUUGCACCAGGGGCGGUACUCACGCCUAAGGAGGCCCAAAUCGGUCGAAUCGACAGGCAUCCAUUGGCGUUGCGGGCUCUUCAGUGCCUUCGCUCCUGGCUCCUUCGAGAAUCAAGACCUCAAGACCCUGGCGGCGACCACCGUACCUGCAGUAGCUCGACUCUUCCUCGGCCUCUCAGAGUCUAAGGCUUGA